AAAAAAAACUCUUCUAUAUAUAGAUGAAUUAAUAACACACAACUUCUUCAACUUAAUUAGACAUAAAAGAAAUCAUACAUUAUGGAGUUUAACAUCUCAUCUACACUCAUAGCUCUACUUCCCUUUCUCCUCUUUCUCUACACGUUUCUGAAAUAUCUACAAAUCUCAAAAACCGCAAACACUUACUCACACAUCCCUGGUCCCAAAACCCUCCCUCUCAUCGGAAACCUCCAUCUCAUGCUAAGCUCCCCCAUGCCCAACUACGUUUUCCGAGAUCUGGCGGCCAAGCACGGCCCCCUUAUGCAUCUUCAGCUGGGCGAGCUCCCCAUCCUCAUCGUCUCCUCCAUCGACCUCGCAAACCAAGUGGUGAAAACUCACGACCUCAUCUUCGCCAACAGGCCUCCGGGGCUGGCGCCGGAGACGGUGGCCUACAAUCGCACCAACAUCGUCUUCUCUCCCUACGGCGACCACUGGCGCCAGCUGCGGAGGAUCUGCACGCAGGAGCUCCUCAACGCGCGCCGCGUGCAGUCCUUCCGCCACAUAAGGGAGGAGGAGAACAUGAACCUGUGCCGAUGGAUCGCUUCUUGCGAAGGAUCCCCGGCCAAUCUGUCGGAUAAGCUUUACUUGACGUCGUACGAUGUUAUCACGAGGGCGUCGGUGAAGGCCAAAACCAAAGAGCGUGAGGCAGUCGUUGCGGUAAUCAUUGAAUCCCUCAAGGUAGGCGCGGGAUUCUUGUUGUCUGAUUUCUAUCCUUCCAUCAACUUACUGCCGGUCAUCACCGGAGCCCUGUUCAGAAUCCAACGUGUGCAUCGCAAAUUCGACAAGCUGCUCGAUGGCAUCAUCAAGCAGCAUAGAGCUAGAGCAGCAGCCAAUACCACCACCAAUGGGCAGAUCGUCGAUGAUGAUGAUAAGUAUGAGGAUUUUGUAGAUGUUCUACUCAAGUUUGAACGAGAUGGGAGUCUAACUACUGCCAACAUCAAAGCAGUGCUGCUGGAUAUGUUCCUUGGUGGAACUGACACGUCAGCCAAUACCGUGGAAUGGGCAAUGUCAGAGCUGAUAAAAAACCCUAGCGAACUGAGCAAGGCUCAAGAAGAAGUAAGAAGGGUUUUCGACGACAAGGGAUACGUAGACGAAGACAAGUUUGAUGAGCUGAAAUACCUGAAAUUAAUCAUCAAAGAGACUAUGAGAUUGCACCCGGCAUUACCGCUUUUACUGCCUAGAAUGAGUUCCCAAAGAUGUGAAAUCAAUGGAUACGAAAUCCCAGCAGGAACGAGAGUGAUAGUGAACGCAUGGGCACUGGGAAGAGACCCCAAGUACUGGAAAGAUGCAGAGAAGUUCAUACCGGAGAGAUUCGAGGAAAGCUCCCAUGAUUUCCAUGCCACCAAUCUGGAAUACAUACCAUUUGGCGCGGGAAGGAGAAUCUGUCCCGGCAUCUCGUUCGGGAUCGCCAACGUUCAGCUUCCGCUAUCUAUGCUUCUCUAUCAUUUUGAUUGGAAAAUGCCAAAUGGCAUCAAAGGUGAAGAUUUGGAUAUGUCAGAGGCCUUCGGCAUCACUGUUAAUAGGAACCACCAUUUGCAUUUGGUUCCCACGGUUAAGCGGCCUUUGCCCGCAGCUGCUUGAUCACUCAUAAAUUUUCUCAAUAAAAAACCCUUUUCAUAUUUACGUGCUAUACAUUUCAUGUUGUUAGGCCUCAGUUUUGGCAUGCAAUAAAACCGUUGUGAGAGAUAUUACGUUUGGUUGAUUACUA